GUGAAGGAAAGCAGAUUCCAUAAGGCAGUGAGAACCAUUGAGCCGCGCCCAUCUUUCUUAAAGCGCAUUCUAAAACUAAUAUGUUCUCCAUUUACCAAAUACCGCAGAAGAAAGAGAUUUUUGUAUAGGACUGAAACCACAAAUGCGCUUCUACAUCUUAUAAACACACAUGCAUACACAAACAAGCAGAUCUUUAUGCAUCCUGUGCUCAACCCCGACAUGAAAAAAAGCUUUAAGCAGUUUGAGAGCGUGGACUACAGUAGGCACACGUCUGAAGAGGUAUUUGGGUUUAUCAAGCUGCACCUAAUGAAAUCCUCUGGGCCUUUGAUUAAAAAGCAAAUUCUAAAGAAGAUUAUCUCUCCAACAUAUGAUAAGACACAGAUUCCAAUGAUUAUCAAAGAGAUAUAUGUAAAAAACAACAUAUAUAAUGUUAGGAACAUCCAAAUUCUAUUUUGUCUACUAAUAUAUAUGUAUAGAAGUUUCAAAUACAACGCAAUCAGCGGCAUGUUUUUGAUAGGUGUUUUCAUUCCUUUGUUCUUUGGCGAAGAAGAAACUGCAAAGCUCAAAAAAAACAACAGCCAAAACUACUUUGUUCUUAUAAACAGAUGGAAUGAUAUAUUGAAGUAUCUUCCAAAGGGCAGCACCCAAUAA